AUGUCCUAUCUUACUCGAGGUCUGUAUCAGCAACUCCGGUUUUCCGACGAAGACCGUUACUCGGAAGAUGACGACCCAACACUCGCAUACCAGCCAUGGGGUUUCUCGAUCUAUCGCACCGCAUACGGGCCCGAGUCCGAAGGUGCAUGGCAAACCCUGAUCAACACAAUAGGCCAGCAAGCUCGCGAGGACCUCAGGCUGUUCGGCGAGACCAAAGCAGAUGAAGAGCGAGCUGCACGACUGUCAUCGUGUUUCCAUCUCGAUCUCGGAAGUGACGAGGACGCGCUCCGCGGCGCCGACAUGCAUCGCGUCCGCCGCCUCCACAGGGAGGUGGCUGCCGAGAGUGGUGUAUGGUCGGAAGAGAAUUUUGCUUCUCGGCAAUACUUCCUCCUCGCCGACGAGGAGGUCUUGGCUGACGUUGCCACUGGUGACUUUUGGGUCAAAUGCGUCCAGGCCGACUAUGAGGCCGAUAGGUAUGCCUCGCGGUGUGCACGUACGCCUCAACGCUACUUCGGUUGGAUGAAGACGACCGCAAGAACCCUUUCUGAGCUAUGGGGUACUUUGGAGGAGGGCCUGGAUAGGAUUGCGCCGCCGACUAUCGGCGGAAUGCAUUUGGUUACUUGGGAAGGAGAUCCGUACAGGUGA